UUCUUGCCCGAACUUAUAAACCACAUGGCGCAAAUGUUUGCUUUGCUUCUAAACAACUAACUAUCAGAAGUAUAAUAAUAAUUUUGAAGCAGGGUGUCUCUAAAGUUUCGCGGGGAGCAUUUAUUGCCCCACCCCAUUCCGCUAGCUCGCCGCCUUUUGGCAAAAAAAGUAAAUUUCCAUCAAACUCAUCGCAUAUCAGUAAAUCUUUUAUCGGAUCACCAAAUCAAACAAGCAAACCACCAACUCUCUUCACCAAUCAAUUUCCAAAAUCCAACUCACCACACCAUGGCGCCCUCCCGCACCAGCACCGUCAAAAACAAAAAUGCAUCCAAACAUGCCGCCAAUGGAUCUGGUAUCCGCAACAGCAAAACCGUUUCCCGAGCUCAAAGCGACGGAGUCUCGAAAUCGAAAGGCAAAAAAGCUACACAGUCUAAGGGUGCGCCACCGAAACCACAGAAGCAGGGAAAUAAAAUGGCGACGUUGAAGAAGAAGAGGAGGGUUUAUACGGAGAAGGAGUUGGGGAUUCCGUCGCUGAAUAUGAUUACGCCGGUGGGAGUUGAGAAGCCGAAGGGGAAGAAGAAGGGUAAGGUUUUUGUGGAUGAUAGGGUGCGUUUUCUUUUCUUUUUUUCUUUUGAUUGGAUGAUGUUCGGAUGAGGGUGUUGAAGACGGGAAUUGGAGCUGGAGUUGAAGGAUUGGAUUAAUCAAUUAUUGUUCCUUGAGGGACUUGUGCUAAUCAGUUGCGAAAACAGGAAUCUAUGAUGACGAUUCUAGCAAUGGUGAAUGCGGAUAAGGAUGGUCAAAUCGAGAGUAAGAUGAUGAGGGCUAGACAAAUGGAAGAAAUUCGAGAGGCGAGAAAGGCAGAGCAUGAGAGGAAGCAGGAGAUGCAAAAGAAUAAAUUAAAGGGAAUGAAGGAUGAUUUGAGGAAAAAGAGGAAGAGGGGAGGAGAUGAUGAGGGUGAUAAUGUGAAGGGUGAGGCGUUGGCCGGAACGAAACCUUUGAAGCCUAAGAAGAAGACUGUUUCCUUUGCAUGACAGGUUGAACUAGGGAUUUUCGAUUGUGGGUUGUCACAGAGGAGAACGACAGGGAGGCAUAAUUAUGUUCGGGCGUUAUGGCGAAUACACCUAGGGUGGGGUGAGGAUAUUAAAAUUGGCAUUUGAGAGAUACCAGCGAUGUAUUGACAUUAGAUUAUUACUAAGUUUGAGAGAUUGCUUCUAAG